AUGUUAGAUACCAAGGAUUACGAAUGGGACUCAAAAAUCAGAAUUUGGACAGAAAUGUUUGUUAUUCAAAUCAAACCAGUUUGCAACUAUUUGUUAUAUCAAAGUGGAGAAUUUUUCAAAUGCAUUCUAAAGUUUCCAAUCGACGAAUUCAAAUUGAACUCUUCAACAUUCUACAACAAGCAUUCUCUCGAAAAUUGCCAACUAGAUGAUAUUGGACUUCAGGAACUUUCAGAUUUUUCAAGAAGGGAAUGUGGAGAUUUGGCAGUCAGAAAUAUGAUGGAACAUGAAGAAUAUGUAAGAGCAACCGUAUGCAAAUCAAUCAGAAAUUAG